CUGGACCAAUCACAGGCAGCGGUGAUGUAAACAAGGAAACGGCGAAUGCAACCGAGCACAAAUAAGAGAAAUGAAAAGGACACUUGUUAUAUUGGUACAGGAACAAGGUUUUAGUUCCCUUCCACAAACGAGUGGGGUUGUUUCAGGAUACCGACUGACUCUGUAAUUGUAACAAAAUUAGUUAGUUACAAGCUUUUACGGUAUUUCUCCGUCUUCCUCAUUGGCGGUCGUUAGUAUUAAAUGGAGGACAGAUACAGGAAGAUUCUUCAGCGCAACAGGACCAAUCUCGUGAGAGACUUGGACCCAUCAAAGCUCUACGAUGGCCUUCUUGAAAAAGGAGUUUUCACCCAGGACAUGAUCGAUGAAAUAAAGAGCUCUGGGACCAGGCGUGAGCAGGCCAGCCAGCUAGUCCGGGACUUGGAGACCCGUGGGAGGCGAGCCUUUCCAUUAUUCGUGGAGUGCCUUCAGGAGACAGGUCAGCAGAGUCUGGCAGAGCUCCUACAGAAUGAAGCUCCAGCUGUUCAACUACAGCCUGCAACCCCCACUCAGGUUGUUCGCCCUGUGCUCCACCCUCUCCCAGUGUCCUCUCCAAUGGAUGUGGACAAGCGAAAAAAAGAUGAGGUCCCAGUUUAUCCAAAACAGAUACACAGUACUACUCCCACUCCAUCACCUGAAAGGGAGUACAUGAGACCACAAGGCAGGACUCGACGAGAUAGCAUCCAGACCUAUAAAAUGGACUGCAGCCCGUGCGGACAUUGCCUCAUCAUAAACAACGUGGAGUUUGCUCCUCAGAGCGAGCUGAGCAAUCGCAAAGGGUCCAACAUAGACUGUGACAAGCUGGAGCGCAGGUUCAAGGCGCUCAACUUCAUUGUGGAGGUUAAGACAAACCUGAAACAAAAACAAAUCAAACACGAGCUGUCAGCUUUAUCUAAGAAGGACCAUUCACAGUAUGACUGCUGCGUGGUCAUCAUGCUGUCCCAUGGGACUGAGGUGAGUCACAACCGCUUCCCUGGUGCUGUGUUCGGUGUGGACGGACAGUAUGUCCAGGUUCAGCACAUCACAAACUACCUCAAUGGCCAGCAUUGUCCAUCGUUACAGGGCAAACCCAAACUUUUCUUCAUCCAGGCUUGUGGAGGAGAUGAAAAAGACCAUGGUUUUGAGGUGUCCCCCGAUGAGGUUGAACCAUCCAUCGGUGGAGCAGACGAUCAGACGGAUGCCAUUCCCACGUCCUCCAGCAGCGACUCUCUGAGCACGUCCGAUGAACUGGACGCCAGAGCCUCACUGCCCACCCCGAGUGACAUUCUGGUGUCCUACUCUACUUUUCCCGGUUACGUCUCUUGGAGGGACACCCAGUCGGGCUCCUGGUACGUCGAGAUACUAGACCGUAUUCUUGAGGAAAAUGCGGUUACCCAUGACUUGGUCACAAUGUUGAUGAUGGUUAACAACGAAGUCUCCCAAAACUCUGCAAAAGGGCUCUACAAGCAGAUGCCUGGUUCCUUUAACUUCCUCCGCAAACUUCUCUACUUUCAAAGCCAAAGUUCAUCUUAACACCUCACAGCUUCACUUUCCGGGAAUGUUAGCCUACUUUAGCGCUAUAAGGCAUGACUUUAAUUUCUUCAAAUUAUGUCUCAGCAGAUUGUGCAGAGUGUAUGAAUCUGCUGAGUUGUGUUGUACUUUUAUCGAGAGCCAUGUCUUACUCUACAUUUCUAUCUGUUUAUCAUGUCUUGCUGUAUUUUUAAUAGUUGGCAAUUUUUCUAAAUGAACUUUUUAGGUGUAAGUGUCAUGUCUGAAAGAAAACAUCAACAUAGUGUGAUGAUGUGGUUCAGAUUAGUUUUUUUAUAUCAUUGGUGUCUUAUCAACAAAUAGCAGCUGUCAUUGAUUCAAGGCAAUCAAUGUAAAAUACUUUUGCUGACUCUUAUUUUAAGUCUCUUAAUAUACUGAUUCUGUUAAAAUGGGAUAUUUGUGCUUACAUUAUGUAUCACAUUAUGUUGUUAGCAUUAAUAUAGAAUCUGUUGGUGUCAUUUAUAAACAUGCUAGUGUUGCAGCAUGUGCUACCACAGAGUAAUAGUAUGUGAGCCUGAUAGCAGCAAGUUAAACAGUAGUGCACAUUUACUAGACACCAGUAGAUGGUGUUGGUGAGUCACAGAAGACUCAAGAUCUCACAGAUGCCUUCUGUGAGUGUUUUAUUUCCAUCCACUACCACCUGGGGUCCCCAUACAAUUAGAAACGGUUCCAUCUCAUUUGUUCACCUCACACGCUGUGUCAGACGUGGGUUCAUUUCUAACAGCAACAAAAUUAACACACUCUGAAACAAGUCAUGAGACACAAACAUCACCUGAUGUUUCUCAUAUCAGAGAAACAGAGAAAAAUUAACUUGAGAUUACUGGGAGUCCCUUUAUAAGAUGCAGUCAGUCAGUUUCUCCAUAUAAGCUCUAAUUCUUCAGUUAGCCUCUCAGGAAAUUUUUAAUUGAUUCAGCCAUUGUCUAACGUGGUAAUCAUGUUAUAAGGCCUACUGAAAAAAUAAAUUGUGAACAUGACAAAUGUUAAAUAAAAUAAAGCUUCUAAAAAAA